UAGGCCAAAUACGUUUAAACACAUGUCUAUUCUCAUUCAUUCAAUUCUAAAUCUCUCACUCAAAGCAGACAGAAACAAAUACAAAUCUCGUAACUAGUUUUUGUUGUUUCAAAAAGGAACUUAAAUACAUACAUUUUUUCGUUUCGUUUCGACCAAAACUGUAUUUGCCAAAAUUCUAUCAUGGACAAUGUGCCACAAAAUCCCCACAUGGAUAAACCAAAUAUUCAGGUAGAUAGCGUCGUCUAUGAUUAUAUGAAAUAUCCCAAUAACAAAUCAGUGAAGCUGGGCAAACGGUCUAAACUAGGCAAAUCGCAUAUGGUGGAUAAAAGGGUUUCCUUCAAACAUGUUGUGGAAAUUAUCUCCUUUAAUGAUAACUGGAAAAUGCAAAUGAGCGAGAGUCAAUUGUCCUCGGAAGAAGAUCAGGGCAAGCGUUCAAUGUUACAGCGCAACUACUAAAACAAAUGAAUAUCUAAGCAGCGGAUUACCAAAUGUUACUUCUUUUUCGUUUAAGUUUCCCCCCACGUUUCGAAUUAAUAAUGAUAAAAAAAAAAUUAAAAAUAAAAGUUGAAAUUGCAA